GCCUUUUACUGCACUAUGGAUCAGCCGGGGUAUGUAAGAAGUGCUUCUGCCCAAGGUACCAGAGAGGGGUUAAGCAAGGCCGGCGCUCCCCAGAAGAACGCGUACGCCAGGCUGGUGCAAAGGCACCACAGCGGCCGCUUCCGCUCCUACCUGAAUCACAUCGCACAGAAGAUGCAACUGGAAGAAAGUGCUCCCAGUGACUCCGGCUCCGAUCUGGAUCCCUCUCUGAAGAGAGGCCUGGGGAAAGAUGAUGUAGCAAGGAACGGCUUGGACGUGCACAGCUAUUCACCGGUGAGAACGUCUCACCUGGAGCACCCCCUGCCUGGAGGAUUUGAGAAACUGAAUGAAGAUAAAGCCCAACCUGCUCGGAGAAGGUGUCACUAUAAAAAAGAUGCCAGUGUUAAUCCAGAAGGUGACCUGGAGGUGGAGGAAGACUACUGCCUAAACAAGCACGGAGCUGAAGCUGACUUGUUAAACAUGAGUGAUGGCCUGGGUGGGAGAGCAUCGAACAGCCUGAGACACGGUGCUGCCCUGCAGAAGUCGUCUGGCUCUGAAGAGAGGGACGAGGAGGACAUGUGGAAGAAGAAACACAAGAAACGAGGCAGGUGUCCUGCCAACACAGACACAGCAGCUGGACGCUUAUUGACUGAGCAGUUUAGUGGGGAUGUGCUGGCAGCAAAUGCCAGGAAAACAAGUCACUUGUCUGCAGGUCAAAUCCAAGGUGCAGAAAAAAGAGGGUUUGCAAGGACCAGAAACAACUCUGAAUCCAGCAGAGCUCCCCAGCACUUCGAGAGGAAGAGGCAACUCUCUGAAUCGCAGACAGAAACAAUGAACCAUUCAGACAGCAGAAUAAAUCCUAGACAACUGGGAACUCCCAGAGGAGGAUCCUAUGGUGGUACCCUAACACCAGAUGAUAGGAAGAGUCGAAAUAAACCCACUCGAGGGCGGAAGAAGAGUAUAUUUGCAUGUUUUUUAUCAGCUCUUUUCGGAAGUCUCCCUCCCACAAGAAAAGGGAGAGUGAUGGUGCAGGGGCCCUUGAGAAUAAAUCCUAAGAAAUACCACGAAGCCUUCAUUCCAUCCCCAGAUGGGUAUCGUGAUAUCUUUAUUGAUGGAGUGGUUGCUCGCAACAGAGCCCUGAAUGGUGACAUUGUGGUAGUGAAGCUGCUUCCCAAGGAGCAAUGGAAGGUAAUAAAGCCAGAUGGUAGUGACAAAGAAACAGAAGCCACACAUGAAUCAGAUGUCCCUGAGGAUAUGCUGGGGACUUGCCUUCCUCGAGAGACUGUGAAAGGCGAUGCUCAAAGUCCGGAUGUCAUUAUAGAAGCUCAGUUUGAUGAUAAUGAUGCUGAGCAUGGACAAGACCACUUGCAGGAUCUGCUGGCUGAAGACAUUAAGAAACUUUCCCUGGAUACUGGUGAAAAGGUGAAGGCUGCUGGGAUUGGUGGUGUGCAUAAAACAAAGCAAGAUGAUGUGCCCAAAGUGAAUGAUUCCAAGCUCCUUCCAGAUAAGUUUCUUCAAAGGACAGCUAAGGUGGUCUAUAUUUUGGAGAAGAAACAUUCCCGAGCAGCUACAGGCUUCAUCAAGCUUCUGGCAGACAAGAACAGUGAACUCUUCAAGAAGUGUGCCAUGUUCUCACCUGUGGACCAUAGAGUGCCUAGGGCCUAUGUGUCUUUGGCUGAUUGCCCUUCAGACUUUCCAUCCAGACCUGAGGACUAUUCAAAUACGCUCUUCAUCUGUCGCAUAGUAGACUGGAAAGAAGACAGCAACUUUGCAACGGGGCAGAUGGCCAAAUCUCUUGGUCAGGCAGGGGAGAUUGAGCCGGAAACAGAGGGGAUCCUGACAGAAUAUGGUGUGGAUUUCUCUGACUUUUCCUCUGAAGUUCUGGAAUGUCUUCCCCAGAACCUGCCCUGGGUUAUCUCAUCGGAGGAACUGGCCAAGAGAAGAGAUUUAAGGAAAGAAUGUAUCUUCACCAUCGACCCAUCAACUGCCAAAGAUCUCGAUGAUGCUUUGUCCUGUAAACAACUCCCUGACGGUAAGAGAGAGAUUUUACAAAACAUUUCUCACUGUUUAUAUUCAGCAGUUGACACAUUCAU